AUUUCUCCCCUGUCUCACGCCCAUGUGAGGAACCAAUAACAUGGAAUAAAUUACCAGCACUGCAAAAGCCUGAACUCCCAUGUUUACAGCCCUGGCCUAACACCCCAUUCUCCCCCAGCCAUGAUCCCAAAGCCGGCACUUUGAAAAACCUAAUCCUGCUUUUCUCACAAGAUUGUGAGGACUCAUCUGUGGAUUGGAUGGAGACAGCAAAGAACUUCUUUUUCUUGAGUGGGAAUUAACAUCAACCGGGUGAAACAGUCCAAAUAAGAUUACACAAGCAAAAUAAAAGGACACUCGGCUAGUACCACCAUGGCUCCGGCUACUAAAGGUCCCGUAGUGAAGUCCAUCCCUCCCACUGCUGGGACAGCACACUCAGACUCACUUACUGCCCAGAGCCAUGGAAUUUUACGAAUCAUGAAUCGUCCGGCACAAUGGGUGGUCAUCAUCACACUUCUGAUUUCUUGGUCAAUAGCAGGUGUUAUCAUGUUUGAUUUUAUCAGUGACAAUCAGAUUGCAAGCAUCCAGGAUUUUGGCUCUGAUCCAGUGCUAGCAGUGAGCAAGGCCAUUGAAGGCAUUGAAAAAAGGAUAAACCAUAUGAACGACAUGCUUUAUGAUGCUAUCGAGUAUGCCACUGAAAUAAUAUUUAAUCCGAGGGACGCUAUUAGUUUAGCAGCCGACUCUUCUGUGUCUUAUCUGUCAGGAAAAUUUAGUGCCGAUGGAGAUUCAGGAGUCACUGAAACAGUCAAAUAUGCUGGCACUGUAUUGGAUGAAGCUACAGAAUGGAUCAGAACUCCAGUGAGCUACUUUUUCCACUUGUUUGAAGACAUAUUGGCUAUAGCGAUUACUCCAGUGGACAUGAUCACAGAAGUUGCUGUGCAAAUUUUAAGUGGGAUCAAGACCAUUAUACAAUACAUUUCAGCCAUGUUUGGGGGCAUUGAAGGCAUCACUGAAACAGUGAAACUUGGUGGCACUGUAUUGGAUGAAGUUACUGAAUGGAUUAGAUUCCCAGUGGGCUACUUAUUCCGCUUAUUUGAAGACAUCUUGGAUGUAGCAAUCAUUUAUCCAGGGGACAUUGCCACUGAAGCAGUUCUGCAAAUUUUAAGCAGGAUCAAGACCAUUUCUUCAGCCAUAUUUGGGUACAUUGAAGCUUGGUUUCCCAAAAUGAGCACGGAUCCUGAAGGACUGGCUGCAAUUGUUGUAGAGGAGGCCACAGACAUAAAGACCACUGUCUCUAAUUACCUAACCAGUCUGAUUGCAGUGGAUGAAGGGGGUAUUCCUGACAUUAGCUUUGAUCCCAUGAAAGUUGUCACAGACACUGUUGAGGAGUUUGCUGACAGGAGAGAUAUAUUCAUGGCCUAUCUCUUCAACAUGGAAGACAAAGGUGACACACCGCAAGUUAUAAGACGAAAAGGAGAAUUUCUGCCACCUAUGGAAAAAGUUCUUGAACAAGUGAAAGAAGCCAAAGAGAAAAAAGCUAGAGAAGAGAUUUACAAAAUCAUUCAAGAUAUGAGGGAAAAGGAGGCUGAAGGUAAAGAGGAAGAGAUAACACUUCAACAAAUAAAUAUAACAGUAGAAAAAGUCAAGAAGGAAAAGAAGAUAGAAAAGGCUAAAAGAAAAGAAAAAUCCAAAGAGGACGAGACUCGAGAACCAGCAGAAAAGGACACCAAGAAAACAACUGAGAAAAAGGUCAAGGUGACUAAAGUGGACCAGGAAGCCCCUAUAAAAAAGAAGAAAUCUGAACUUAAAAUGGCCAAAAAAGAGACCAAACCAGCACAAUCUAAGAAAGAGCCUCGAGUUACAAAAGAAAAGGCUAAACCAGCUCGUUCAAAGAAAGAAUCUGCAGUUGCUGUUGAAAAACCAAAACUUGCUCCUGGAAAGAAAGAGCCUAAGGUUUCUAAAGAGAAGGCCAAGCUGAAACCCUCAAAGAAAGCAGCUGAAGAGAAACAAAGACCUGUUCCUGUGAAGAAAAAGGCUUUAGCACCCAAGGACAAAAUUAAACCGGCCCUUUUGAAAAAAGAGCCUGCAGUUGCAAAAGAGAAAGUCAAACCAGUGCCUUCAAAGAAAGAUACUGAAGCUACUAAGGAUAAAGUGAAACCAGCCCCAGUUAAGAAAGAACCUGCAGUUUCAAAAGGGAAAGCAAAAGCCAAAAGUUCCAAAAAAGAGGCAGAAGUUGCCAAAGACAAGCAUAAACCUGUCGCUGUGAAGAAAGAAACUGCUGUUGCAGUUAAAAAAGCAAAACCAAAAGCUGCACCAAAGAAAAUUACCAAAGAGAAAGCUAAAGCAGAACCUGCAAAGAAAGAACCUGAGAUAACCAAAGGAAAACUGAGGGCACCAAAGAAAGAGGCUAAAGUCAUCAAGGUGGAAACCAAACCAGCUCCUGCAAAGAAAGAGGCUAAAGUCAUCAAAGGUGUUAAACCAGCUCCUAAGAAGAAAGAGCCUGAAGUAAUCAAGAAGAAAGUUAAACUGGCUCCUGUAAAGAAAAAGCAUGAAGUUGCUAAAAAACAGGCACAGGUACUAAAACCCAAAAAAGAGCCUGAAGUUAUCAAAAAGAAACCAGCACCUCCAAAAAAAGCACCUGAAAUAACCAAAGAAAAACCAAAGCCAGCACCAAAGAAAGUCAUCAAACAGAAAGUAAAACCAGCUCCUAAGACGAAAGAGGCUAGAGUCAUCAAGGAAAAGGUUAAAUCAGCUCCUGUGAAGAAAGAAUCCGAAGUCAUCAAGGAGAAACAUAAACCUGCUCCUGAGAAGAAAGAAGCUGAAAUCAUCAAGAAGAAAGUUAAACUGGCUCCUGUAAAGAAAGCCCCAUAUUUUGCAGCACCUAAGAUAAACAAAGAAAAGCCAAAGCCAGCACCAAAGAAAGAGACUGAAGUCAUUAAAGAAAAAGCUAAACCAACUCCUGGAAAGAAAGAGGCCAAAGUCAUUAAGGAGAAAGUUAAACCAACCUCUGUAGAGAAAGAGCAUGAACUUCAUAAAGAAAAGGAACCUGGACAUAUGCCAGAACCUAAAAAGAAAGGUCCAAAGGAAAAGGCAAAACCAGUCCUUGAAGAAAAGGAACCCAUAAUGAGUAAAGAAAAGCCAAAGCCAGCAACAAAGAAAGAUGAUGUUGGUCUUAUUGGUUUGGACUCGGAGCUCCUGAACUCUAUCAACCAAAAACUGUCUGUUCUGGAUUCACUGAGGAAGGACAUAGGUGAAAUGAAGAGUGAUCUGGAGUCCACUCAAAAUCAAAUUACACUUUUACGAAUGGACAACAGAACAAUCAAAGAUCCAAAGACUGUUGGUGUAAAAGCAAAACCAGCAGUCUCCAAGGAAAAGUUCAAAACAGCAAAAAAAGACCAUGAUGCUCUGAUGAACGUUACAGCACAUAUUAAAGCAGAACGUGAUGCACUGAAAAACAUCACUAAACCAGCACCUGCAAAGAAAGAUAAAGAGGCUCCAAAAGCUAAGAUCAGACCAGAGCCCAAAAAGAAAAAAAUCACACAUGAGAAGGUCAAACAAGUAAAGGAACCUUUACAGAAAGAACCUGAGCAAGUCAAACAAAAAGUAGUCGAGCCAGCUGAGAAGGAGGCUGUUGUGGGCAAGGAAGUAAAAGAAGAACCUCAUGUCUCCAAAGAUAUUCCAGCGAUGGGGGAGGAGGACGUUCCCUACUUCCAGUGUUUCUUUGUGGAUGAGGAUGAUACUCAGUAUCCUUUCAUCCCCUUUUCACCACCGCUGGGGUGAGUCCAUAUUAAACAUCAUGGCAAAGCCAGUGAAGACGGACCUCUGAACGCUGAGGAAUCUGCUGCUUUGAUGCAGUGGAGCGCUUCCCAGAUUGCUUACAGCAUUACACCUGCAAUGACCAAGAAAUGUGAAAGAGAUUGAAGUUACUUUGAAAAACCUUUUCAGAUUCUUUGUCAUUUUUAACAACAGAGUUUGCCUAUAUUGCACUGUUUAUUAUAUUAUCUUAAGGCUAUCCAUCUUGGAUUUUUUUCAGAAUGACUACUAUAUAUUUAUGAUCAAUAUAUAUGUCCAAGAAGGAAUGUGAGUGUAGUUUGUCUAGACAACACUGACAGGAAGUAAUGAAAGAACUAACUUCCUUUCUGAACAUCCAGUGGGGUUCAGGAUUGUUAGGUUAUAUAGUCUUUUAUAUAUAUAUAUAUAUGUAUAUAUAUAUAUGUAUAUAUAUAUAUAUAUAUAUAUAUAUAUAUGUGACCUCAUUUUGAUGGGGUGCUAAUUCUAAGCAUUCCACUGUGUUUUCUGUCAGAAUGCGGUUUGAAAGUUGUUCACUGUUUGUACAACUGGAAGGGAGGAUAAAAUGGAGCAAGAAUUAUGUAAACUAUUUCAUAUAUCCUUUCUUAGUGAUAGCGUUUACUAAACUGUUUACAGAAGUAACAACUGCACUGAGAAACAAGGGCUUUGGACAGUAAGCUCAGUUCCUCUGAAUGUAUACUUCAUUUUAUUUAUUUCUUAUUUUUAUUUUAUUUGCUUUGUUUUGUUUUAUUCCUCUCUCUUUUUUAGUUUUCCAUACACUUUAUCUAAUAAAACUUGCCAAACGUUUUAGAAAUCUAUACUUCACAGACGAAACAAAUAUGUUUUGUUCAGUGCUCUCUAUAAAUGAACACACUGGAUAUUGCAUAACAAAAUUAAGAUAAACUGUUGUGCUUAAUCCAGGAAAAAGCAGUAAACAUCAAGGCAACUACGUUGUUCUAGUAUAUCACAUUGCAAACACUACUUUUCUCUGCAUAACAUUAAGAGUUUAUUUAAUGUUUGUAAAAAUGUGGAUGUGUUUUUGCAAUAUGACAUGGAUAGACCUUCCUAAUAGAGAAGAGCCAAUUAAAUGGCAUUCUGAAUUGUGUAACAAAAAAUGUCUAUUGGAUAUUAUACUCAUCCAGAAUAUAUAUAUAUAUAUAUAUAUAUAUAUAUAUUCAUUAUGGGAUGAAAUUGUGUGCCAGAUGAAAUGGAUUGCAUGCAACCAUAUUGUUUUUUCAACACUGCCCCUGGUGGCUCCCUGGCUCAUUACUCCAUUACUUGAUUUAAUGAUAUUGAGUGUUUAAUGGUGUGUACUACUAGUGAGACACACUAUUAAACGAAUGUGCCAGUGGGCCGCGCUGGAGACAUUUCUUUUCAGAGUUCAGGUGGCUCCAUAGAGCAUAAACUCAUGUCUGUACAAAGAGCUUUUUACCUCUAAUGUUAAGUAACUUACUUACUUAAUCCUGGCCAGGAUUUCUAAAUUGCCUAAAAUGUCUGGGUUUUGACUAUCUUUUUGGACUAGCUGAAAGUAAUGACUGUAAAAUAGUUUUACCAGUGUGCAGGCAUUGUGCUUAAUCGACCGACUGUGGACUACAAGAAGGUGGGAUCUAGAGAGAACAGUGAAAGUAAUGCAAAUACAUGUACACAUAACGUCUAAGGACUCUAGAGGGCAAAAGCCAAAACCUGGACAUUUUAAGAAAUGUAGAUAUCCGGAUCAGGGUAUGUCUUGGAAUAAGAGGAUGUAAAGUCAACUGUACAAAUGCAUAUUGUAUCAAUGCUCACUUGUAACAGAAAUAAGUCUUUUUUGGUCUUAAAACAACAACAACAACAACACAAUUACUGUAACCAUUGAGCUUGUUGGUGUGUUCUCAUGCAAACUGUGAAGCAAUGAAUAACAGCAAUUUUCAAUAGCUCAUAUAGUUCUUUGAGAUAUGUAUUGUUAUUUUAAAUCUAAUUCAUAUUCAUAUACAGUUCAUAUUUGAAAAAUUGUCCUCAAAAAUAAUAGUUUUGCAUGAUGUUUGCAUGUUUGUGUGUGUGUGUGUGUGUGUGUAUCUAAACCAGACCAUAUAUAUAAUAUCUAAUAUAAUAUCUUAUAAAAUAUCUGUAAGGUAUUUUUUUUUUUUUUUUUUUUUUUUUUUUUUUUUCAUGGUUUGUGGUCAGAUGUUGAAAACAUUUUCUUUACAAUUUAUAUUUAUAGCCAUAAACUGAAAUCAUAUUAAUAAAGCUCUCAACAGAAUCAGCAAUAUGGUCUCCUGUCGAAAAAAAAAAGGCUGUAUGCAACUGUACAUGCUAUUGUAACUGUAAUACAGACUAGAAGGUCUGAUUUGAGUUUUAGAAUAAAAAAUGUUUGCAAUAA